AGUGGCUGGUUUUUUAGAAGGCUCUCAAAGCGACUGAGUGUUUGGCUUCUCCAGUCUCUCGGCUGCCCUCAACGGUGGAGCGUAUAAAAGAGACUAGCAGUGCCGGCCAAAGAGUUAGUCUGGGUGUAAUUGCUGUGCAGUGAAGUGAGAGUGUGAAUCUGCCAUUUGUGCUGUGAAAAAUGCAUCGAAGAAUGAAAUUGUCUCAGCCAGUAUUAAUUGGAAUCCUACUAAUAUUGGAAUGUGCAGUUCUUUCAUCACACGCUGAAAAUGCACACAGGCGAUUCCCGCCGGACUUUGUCUGGGGCGUGGGCAGCUCAUCUUAUCAGAUCGAGGGUGGCUGGAAUGAGGAUGGCAAGGGUGAAUCCAUCUGGGAUCACUUGACGCACAAUCACCCGGAGAAGAUCGUGGACAAGAGCAACGGCGACGUCACGUCGGACAGCUAUCAUCAGUGGCAAAGAGAUGUGCAGAUGGUGAGGGAAUUGGGCGCCCACGUGUACAGAUUCUCCCUCUCCUGGUCGCGGAUUCUUCCCACGGGCAUCGUCAACAUCGUCAAUAAGGCCGGCAUUCGCUACUACAGCAAUCUCAUCGACGAGCUGCAGCGCUUCAACAUCACGCCCAUGGUCACGAUCUACCACUGGGACCUGCCGCAGAGGCUGCAGGAGAUGGGCGGCUGGACGAAUCCCGAGAUGAUCAACUACUUCCUCGACUACGCCAGGGUUGUGUUCGAGCAGCUGGGCGAUCGCGUGAAAAUCUGGACGACGUUCAAUGAACCGUGGCAUGUUUGCGAGCAGGCUUAUGGCCAGGACUACAUGGCGCCGUCGUAUGACUUCCCGGGGAUUCCCAACUAUCUCUGUGGCCACAAUUUGCUGAAGGCACACGCGGAAGCUGUGCAUCUGUACCGGAAUCGCUUCCAGCCGACUCAGAACGGAAAGAUCGGCAUGACUGUGGACACGUCGUGGCAGGAGCCGAAGACGGACAGCGAUGAGGACAAGGAGGCCUCUGAGAUGGCGAUGCAGUUCUACAUCGGCUGGUUCUGCCAUCCCGUCUUCUCCACUGCCGGAAACUAUCCGCAAGUGAUGAUUGACAGAAUUGAGGCGCUGAGCAAGCAACAAGGCUUCCCGCGCUCUAGGCUGCCCAAGUUCACGCCCGAGGAGGUGGAGAGGAUCAAGGGCACGUCGGACUUCUUCGGCAUCAACACGUACACGACGAUGCUGGUGACGAGGAACGACAGGAACAACAGCGUGGGUCAUCGCGUGCCGUCCUUCCAGCACGACAUGAACACGGUGGAGACCAGCGAUCCCGUGUGGCCCAGAGGCGCCUCCGUCUGGCUCCACGUCGUGCCCUUUGGGAUGUACAAAUUGCUGAACUGGAUCCGGAAGGAGUACGACAAUCCGCCGGUUUACGUGACUGAGAAUGGCUACUCGGAUUACGGCGGAACCAGCGAUAUUGGCCGCGUGAAUUACUACAAUUCCUACCUGGAGUCCGUGCUGGACGCCAUCGAGGACGGCUGCAACGUGAAGGGCUACAUUGCGUGGAGUCUCAUGGACAGCUACGAGUGGAAGGCUGGCUUCACGGAGAAAUUCGGCCUCUUCCACGUCGACUUCAAGCAUCCCAACAGGACGAGAGUGGCGAAGAUGUCAGCCAAAGUGUAUUCUAAGAUAAUCCGCACCAACAAAGUUGAUUGGGAUUAUCAUCCAGAGCCAGAAGUAUUCAUCCCAUCGAGUGCCAGGAAGUGUUGCCAAGUGUUUUCCGCCCUCAUCACCGCCGCUAUUGCCCUCAUUUGGCGAAUGUAACAAAUCGGUAUUGCACUUUUUGUGAUAGUUUGACAAUAUAAUAA